AUGGAUGAAAUUGAUGUAUAUCGAUUGGAAGAUUUACCUGUGGAAAUUUUAUUUGAAAUAUUUAAAUCUCUCAAACCUGAAGAACUUUAUUCGUCCAUGGCUCAUUUAAAUAUUCGCAUGAAUAUGAUUCUCAAAAAGCAACCUAAUUUAAAAAUUUCAAUAUAUUGUUUAAAACCUGCAUUAUCAUUUUUUGAUUCAUUUACAUCACUAACCAUUCAUUUUGAUAGUAUAAACGAAUUACAUCUUUAUCAAUUUCAAUACCUGAAUUUAAUCAAUCUUCGUUCAUUGAAUAUUAAUAUAUUAUAUUUAAAAUGGUGGACGGUUGUAUCAGAAGAUGAACUGAAUGCAUUUAUUAAUCCUGCUCGAUGUCCUUUACUCAAAUAUUUACGUUUAUCGGGUUGUACUACUAAACUCACUGAAUUUAUCUUUACGGGUGCAUUUCCUUAUUUAAAAAAAUGCAUAAUUAAAAAUUGUCAAGAAUUCUUUUCCACAUCGUCAAAAGCUUCGGCAAAAACUCUUCACUAUCUUUAUAUGCAUACCGAGAACAAAUAUGACUUCCAUGUGAUGUUAUCUAUGUGUCCUAAAUUAAAACACUUUCACUUCCAUUCUGACGAAUUACCUUCAACUCAAAUACAAAAUAUUCACUAUCCGUUACUGCAAUGUUUGAAUAUUAGAUGGCUUAAAAAUUUUCUCUUUCACAAUGGUCAGUAUGAUAUUUUUCUUUCUUAUUUUCCAAAUCUUAUCAAUUUUGAUCUAACUGUUGCACAUUCCCACAAUCACGAUGAAAUAGUCGAUUUUGCUCAAGUAGCUGAUUGCCUUCGUCGUCGAAUUCCUCGUCUGAAGAAACUAAAACUGAAUAUUUAUUUGCGUCGAACAUAUCCUUUUCAAUUAUUUUAUGGUCAAUUGCCAUUGAUUGCUCAAAUGCACGAAUUAUUUCGAAGUGUUAAUAAAUGUCAAUCGCUUAUAUAUAUUAGGUCAUUUGAUUUCAAUCCUUCAUACAUAGACUAUUGGCAUUAUAUUCGACCUGCAUCUGAACCAAAGUCAUAA